CAUCUGAAGAAGAAAGUCAGUGUCUUGAACCUCAAGAGAGUGAUGGUCCAUUCAAAAUCAAGACUAAUGACUGUGAUGAAGAUGGUGGUGGUGGUGGUGAUGAUGGUGAUGGUAAAUCCAGCGCAGAGACAGGUAUAAUCUCAACAACUAUUCUGCAUCUAUCCACAAUCAUGACCAAGUAAUGAGGCCAGUGUACAUGAUGACAAAUUGAGUUACACCCAGAUUGUAAUACAUUCCCUUAUAGAGUGUUUUGAAGGAAUUUCUGGUGAAAAAGAUGUUGAAAGCAUUAGUGACAAAUGUGCUGUACCAGAGGUAAUCAUUUUAUAGUCUUUCACAACCUAUGUAAUGAGUAAUUUACAUAUGUUUGUAUAUUUAAUCUUACUGAUUUACCAAAAUCUUGAUUCAGGUAUUCACACCAGAAUGCUGUCCAUACAAUGAGAGGAGAUCGUACAGGUUCACUUGCUCCUCAGAGGGUCUGUUUCAGUGCCGGUACACAGGAUUGGUGUUCAAGAUGGAGACGGCGGGUGAAGUUCAGUACCGAACAGAGCCAUGGAACUGUGUACAGCUAGUCGAUGGCUAUGUACCAGCAGGACCCCUGUUUGAUAUCAAAUGUCCACAAGGCACUCUGUCAAAGUUACACUUCCCACACUGUGAGGUGUUUUCUGGGAAAGGACGCAAGCACUUGUCCGUAAUCCACAUCAGUGACUCUGAUGAAUCUGAAACACUUGAUCCUUAUGAGACAACAGACUCCUAUGUGGUUAUAAAUAUCAGGGGAUGCUCUAAAUAUGCUGCGACAAAGAAACAGCCCAAGAAGAAAUACUCCCCUAUCCACGGACUUGUGUUGCUGUUCCUUCACCAGUCUACACUGAAUGUUUUACUGUUGCCGAAAAAUGUUGAUAUCUCUGAGGUUUGUGAGAAGAGAAAGAAAAUGAAGGAGCCUGGGGAAGAGAUGUACAUUGAGACCACUCCAAACUGUAAACUUAUCCCGGAAACAACGUACUGCCUCUCAUCUGAUCCAGAUGGGGAACAUGAAGUGACUCCUUUGAGUGCUGAGUUUGUUGACUAUGAGAACUAUACAAACUACUGUCCAACAUUCCAAGUGUUAUUAUCCAAGCUUGCCCAGGUGAAGUUGAAUCUGACAGAAAAAAGCACAAAUGAGUCUGUGUGGUGUAGUGUGAUUCCAGCCAACCAGAUAGGUGGAAGUCCAUCAACGUCGUCUUCUCCCUCAAGUCCCUACACCCCGCCAGGUCAGGACUUCUUCCACAGACACAAAGCAGAACUGGAGACUCGUCUAGGGCUCCUGAGGCCCAUCCUCUCUGGGCUGGAGAAAUGUAGAGUUCUUAACCCCCAGGAGAGAGAGGAGGUGGAGAACAAGGACGGAUCCAUGCGGAACCGCACUCUGUUGCUCAUGCUGGAGAAGAAAGGAGGUCCAGCACAGGAGGAGUUCUACAGGGUUCUACUGGAAUGUGAUGAGUACCUGGUGAAACACCUUAAAAGACCUCAUGAUUAUGGGACAUCUGAACAUCCUAGUUUGUCGAGGAGGGACUUAAACAAAUCUACACAAGAGGAAGUAGCAUAUUGAUGAUGCUAUUGGUGUACACGUACAGACUCUUUCUUUUAACUGUUACAGCCAGGCUACACCAGGUGCACACAGUGUUUCUAUCCAAGGAGCGUAUGCUUAAAAAAUUAGAUUCCACUAUAAAUAAUGGAACUGGCUACACCAGAUGCAUGAGUGCUACGCACCUACAAGAAAUUAGACCCGUUUUCUAAAACUUUCUGUACACUCCGUGGAUGGAACAAUGGAACAAAUGACCUGGAGCGGAACAGAUGUGUUGACUUGCUCAGUUCAUCCGACAAAUAAGUUGUUAAAAAAAUGGGCUGUCAAUAAUAACAUUUGUAAUCUUUUGGACUUUGUCUUCAUAUAGGGUCUAUUAUAUGCAUUUAACAUGUUGACUACUGUACAAUGGAUAAGGCCACUUCUGACUUUCAACCUCUAACAAUAAACUCAGGAUUCACUAGGCUGUUAAAUGGGAACCAGCUGUUAGGCCUACAGUAGCUGUAUGGUAAGAGAUACCUGCACUAGGAUUUUAGCUCACUUGUUAGCAUGCUAGCUUUCCAAUCCAAGGUGCUAUCAGUUGUGGUUACAUACAUCUGAAAUGCAGCUCAACAGGUACUGCUGAUGAAUGUGAAGCAUAAAUGUAGAUAUGUAUAUUGAUUCUCAUUCAGUGCUGUUUUAUUGGUUUGCAGUAAAGGCUGUGGUUCUUGUGCAGAGACCUCAGAUGCAUUGAUGGUGGUUUAAAUAGGGCCAUCAGGGACCAGUUUCAGAAGCGUCCUACAGCAGACUGAACGCUGUACCUCACGACUGAAUGAAGAUGAAAAUACACAUUUUGCAUACAUGAACAAAACUAGAAAUUGUUCUAUUUUUGUAUUGGCUUCCUGUAUGUGUAUUUAAUAUGUAACUUCUGGGAAACUUGAGGAGAUGAUUGUGGCGUUUACUUAUUGACUUACACAUAUGUGUACUAUGCAUGUUUUUGCACUUUUACCACAUGCAUAACUGUACAAUAUGUUUAUUAAUUUCAGUUGGAAUUGUCAGCUAAAUGACUAAAUGCAUAUUUAUCCUCAAUCCUUUAAAAAGGAAAAAGUAUUUUAUUUGUUGUGUUAUUGGACACAGUAUCAGUGUCUAAUGGUUGUGCUGAGAUCUCAGAUUAGUUCUGUGCAGUGAUUUACUGUAUGUAGGGCCAUCCGGGACCAGAUUACUAAACGUUUUUUCACAGUGGAACGAGAGCUGUGUCAUCUGAAAUCUAAAA